AAUGCCGAACACAAUAUUUAUAGUGGAGAAAUGUUGCUUCUGCGUCAAAUUAAGAGUUGGCUGUUUGAUCAUCGCAUACUUUCAAUUGUUAAUCGAAGUUGUUACAUUAGGAUUAUCCCUGUAUGGAAUAGUGGAGGGCUCUAUAAUGCUUACAUCGACAAUUAAGGCGAUCACUGACAUGGGUUUCAUAAUGAUGACAUUAAGUGGACUCUUCCUUGUCGCUAUAGCACUCAUGCUGGUGUUUACCAUCGUCUUAAUUAUUGGUCUGCAUAAGAAGAAAGACGCUUACAUCCGAGCAUAUCUUCUAUGCGCUAUGAUUUAUUUGAUAGUAGCGGCUACCACAAGCUUCGUCUCCUUCCCUUUACUGCUAGUGUCAGUAAUUGAUGUAGCCUACAAGAUCCUCAGUUUAAUACUACACGUGUACUUCAUCUUUGUGAUAAGGAGUUACUGGAACCGAAUAAUUCGAUACAACCGGACAUUAUCUUCAUGAUUUAUUAUUAAAAUAUACAUUUAAAAAGUUCAAACAUUUCAUGUGUAUAAAAAUUAUAAAUAAAUAUUACGAAACUAGACAGGACAUAGAAAA